AUGGAAACCAGAAUCGGUUGUGCAAUUAAGGCUUGCAAUGAAUUUGUGAAGAAUUUGCAUCGUGAUGAGUUAGAUCGUGGGUGCGUUGCGUCAUUUAAUAAUACAAUGGUAAUUAGGCAGAGCUUCACGGGAGAUGAGAUGGUGAUUCAUCGUUCUCUCAACAGGCUAAUAGAUAUUCCUGAUGGUGGCACUCGCCUUUACGACAGUAUGGUCGACAUUGUGAGGACUUUCCGUCGCGAUGGUGAUCGCACUCGUCCCUGGAUUUUGGUUGUCGUGACUGAUGGAGAUGAUAAUUCUAGCUAUAUGAGUCUUGAGAGAGCCGCUAAUGAAGUAUCACAGCUUUUUACCAGGGAAUCUAGUAACUUUUUGUUCGUCCUCGGGGUUGGAGAAAGUGUUGAUUCAACAAGAAUGCAGGAGAUGGCUAGCAAAGGCAAUUUUAUAUAUAUUCCUGUCAAAUAUUUUUCCCUUCUCGAAUACGCAUUUUUAACCCUCGCCUAUCAAGUCUCUACUUCCCUAUCUCUUUCGGUCAGUGAACUUUCCGUCGGUAAUAUUUCUGCGACAUGGACAGAGGUUCAAAGAAACAGGGAGCUUAGUAGAGUAGCGAUUGAUUAUGCUCUUUUGAUCGACGUGUCAGGAUCCAUGAAUGUUAAUACACCGCCACCACCGCCCAAAUGUUUUGCGGGACAUGACCUGGAAGAGGAACGUCACGGAGGAGACUGGUGGUGUGAUAUAUGUGGAGAGGACGGUGAAACAACGAUAUCUCAAAACCAUUGUAAUAUUUGUAACUUCGAUGCUUGUUCGAGUCACUGCGAGUCCGGACGUAAAUGUACUCCCAAGAGUUACUGUAGAAACAGUCAUCCUCUUAUUUACAUGCAGUAUCCAAAAGGAGCUUGGUUGUGUAAUGAAUGUAAGAGGAGCUUCUAUGGAAGACGUUUGAGAUGUCAUCAAUGCGCCUAUCAAAUGUGUUCGGAAUGUUUGGAGACAGAGGAAUUGGUUACAUUGAUGGCAGGCAUGAGCACAUAUUUUCGUAAUUAG